GCUUUCUCGUGAGACCAAGUCGUCUUCAUCCUUUUCUAUAAAUCAAAUAACCUAGAGCCCUUUCCUCCUCACAAUUGAGAUUCCAGUUUCUUCAAAACCUAAAAAUCAAAACCCUUCUCUCAAAUCUCUCAUUCGUAAUCAAGAUGCAGAUCUUCGUUAAGACUCUCACCGGAAAGACUAUCACCCUAGAGGUGGAAAGCUCCGACACCAUCGACAACGUGAAGGCCAAGAUCCAAGACAAGGAAGGCAUUCCUCCGGAUCAGCAGAGGCUUAUCUUCGCCGGAAAGCAACUAGAGGACGGGCGUACGUUGGCCGACUACAACAUCCAGAAAGAAUCCACCCUCCACUUGGUCCUCAGGCUCCGUGGUGGUAUGCAAAUCUUCGUCAAAACCCUUACCGGAAAGACGAUUACGCUCGAGGUGGAGAGUUCUGACACCAUCGACAACGUUAAAGCCAAGAUCCAAGAUAAGGAGGGUAUUCCACCGGACCAGCAGAGGUUGAUCUUCGCCGGAAAGCAACUCGAGGACGGUAGAACCCUAGCUGACUACAACAUCCAGAAGGAGUCAACCCUUCAUCUUGUUCUCAGGCUUCGUGGUGGUAUGCAAAUCUUCGUGAAGACUCUCACCGGGAAGACAAUCACUUUGGAGGUGGAGAGCUCUGACACCAUCGACAACGUGAAAGCCAAGAUCCAAGACAAGGAGGGUAUCCCACCGGACCAGCAGAGGUUGAUCUUUGCCGGAAAGCAGUUGGAGGAUGGUCGUACCUUGGCGGAUUACAACAUCCAGAAGGAGUCAACCCUUCACUUGGUAUUGCGUCUUCGUGGUGGUAUGCAGAUCUUCGUCAAGACUUUGACCGGCAAAACUAUCACCUUGGAAGUGGAGAGCUCCGACACUAUUGACAAUGUGAAGGCUAAGAUCCAGGACAAGGAAGGUAUUCCUCCGGACCAGCAGCGUCUCAUCUUCGCUGGCAAACAGCUUGAGGAUGGUCGCACCUUGGCUGACUACAACAUCCAGAAGGAGUCUACCCUUCACUUGGUGCUAAGGCUUCGUGGUGGUAUGCAGAUCUUCGUGAAGACAUUGACCGGGAAGACCAUCACACUCGAGGUUGAGAGCUCCGACACCAUCGACAAUGUGAAGGCUAAGAUCCAGGACAAGGAAGGUAUCCCUCCGGACCAGCAGCGUCUCAUCUUCGCUGGCAAACAGCUUGAGGAUGGUCGCACAUUGGCUGACUACAACAUCCAGAAGGAGUCUACCCUUCACUUGGUCCUCCGUCUCCGUGGUGGUUUCUAAAAUGUUUCUCAAAAAACUUUGUGCUUUGUGUUUGUGGGUAUUAUAAAGUCCCCAGUUAAAUAAUUGAUUGAACUAUGUUUUCUUCCUUUUAUCUUUCAAAUAUCAAAUUGGACUUCUUCUCUAUUGAAUAUCUGUACUCUUUAUCUUCGUUUGAUUGGUAAGCCUGAACAAGUUGCUAUAA